CAGCCAGCACGCCUUAUCGCCCCCAAUUUCCCCGUUUCUAAGGAACGAUUGGCGCAAUGCGUCCCCUGUUGCAUGCCUUGAGGCGGUAGCCCAUGACAUCAUCUUGCAUUUGGCUUUUGUGGCUUUCAGGUCCAUUUCCAAGUUUUCGAGACGCCACGGAGGAAGGACGAUCGCAUUGAUAAUCUCGAUCUCUUCUACGCAGAUUCAACGAUGCCAGCUUCAUCUUGUGUGAGUACGCUGUCUGCGUGGGUUGCAGUACUGCCGCUGCCAAAGGCACCGCCAACUUGUGGAAAGCCACAGACUCGCAGAGCUCUGGGAUGGACCGCUUGCGUGAAGCCAUCCACGGCGCGUCUCGAAGGUCGGGACGUAGCGACCCGGCUGCAGUAGCCACCGAAAACACAUCACCGCAAGAUGCUGCCAGGACAGUGGCGCAACCACCGAUCGAGGAACCAGCGUCGAGCCAUCCUCCGGCCUUACGAGACGAGCCUAUUUCUGGCGUUAGACAAUUGCCCGCUGCGAGAGAAGACAGUCUCUAUCUCCCUAGCAUUCGACUUCUUCGUCACAGAAGUACUGCCCCGAGGCCUGAAGCGAAAAUUGGGGCAGUCCACGAUUAUGCCGCGAACCCUAGGGAAGCGGACCGGUCGGACAACGGCAGACUGGGAAACUUGUGGAACAAAACUCGUCAGUCGUUAGGUUUUGGGCGCGCAGAAAGGGAUUCUAUACAGUCUGAAAGGGACUACAAUGCAGAUAUGGUCGAUGCCCUCGACGCUUUGGAUCCCGAAGUUCAAACUCUGAUAUCUCUCACCAACGUUCAAAACUCGCUUUUCGUUCCCGACCUGGGCAAAUAUGUGAAUAGAAGACCGACCUUUUCACUCACGAGCUUUUUGCAAGAUGUCGAACAGAAACUGAAGCCGGGAGAGAAAGACAAGCAGGGGCAGGAAAAGCCACCGAAGGUAGCACGCCCUGCACCGAUAUACCGCGCUCCUACCGGUGCCACAAUCAACUCCCAGCUCAGUGAAUCUCGGUAUGCGGUGCUUCCCGAAGGAGCGUCAUUGUCAGGGUGGACGUACCAAGAGCGACUGGAACUCAAUGACCAUGUUCGACAUAUGCUUCACUCACGCCGGUCGAAAUUCAAAAGGUCCAUGAAGGGGUUUAUGCAAUAUGUUCGCCAACCCCUGGGCUUCUGCAUCACGCUCUAUGCAACAUUGAUCACGCUCUUUGGCUUGGCCUGGGUUCUCUUCCUCAUCGGCUGGAUCAACGUCGGUGGGAAGCAACUGUAUGUCAUCAACGUGAUUGACAAUGUCCUCGUUGCACUCUUCGCCAUCGUCGGCGACGGCCUCGCCCCUUUCAGGGCUGUUGACACGUACCAUAUGGUCUUCAUCGCGCACUACCAUCACCUCACCUGGUCGACCCGCGAGAAGCAUAACAUGCCCAAGCUGAAGAACCACAACGAUCUGCCGACCGAGAUGCCGCCGCCCGUGGUCCCCAAGCCUAAACCACGCCGCCGUGAUCGAGUGCUGAACAAAGCCGCCGCGAAACUCCACCUGCGAAGACGAUUCGGCGUGAAAGCUGACCUCGAAGACCCGGGCGAAUACAGCGUACUGAGCCACAAGCAGCAGCGCCUCCUGGACUACCACGCCGCCAAGUUCAACAAAUCGCACACGUUCUACAAGCCGCACGAGACGGAGACGCACCACGCGUUCCCCCUGCGCCUGCUGGUCGCCAUCGUGGUUCUCCUGGACUGCCAUUCCCUCCUGCAGAUUGCCCUGGGCACCGUCACGUGGAGCAUCGACUACCAGCGCCGCCCGUUUGCGUUGACGACGGUCAUUCUGUGUUGUUCGAUCACGUGCAACGCCACGGCCGGACUGCUGAUUUGGAUCGGCGAUCGCAGAACGCGCAAGAAUGAUGUGUUGGAGCGCAUCAAUCGGCAGGAGUUGACGCAGGAGGCGAUGGAGAAGAUGGAGAAGAGGUACGCCAACGGGGAUGGAGAUAGUUGAGCAGCGGACUCUAUGUAUAUGUAUGUAACAUAUAUCACCCCUG